CCCAAGCAGAGGCUUUUCAUAGGCCAAGGUAGCAUCCUAGCCCCGCCCAUUUCAUCCCUCCAGGCUGCGUCCGCCUAAGUCUUCGCUACGCAUGCGCAGCGGGGGCGGGCCGGGAGGUGGGACGGCCCGAUUCUUCCGUGUGCCACCGCCGCCGCCUUGGCUUCACUGCUCUUGCCACUCCGGGGCUGCGUUGCCGGCGUUAGCCGCGCGAGGGGAAGGGAAGGGACCGACGGAGCGUGCGUGCGCGGGGGUCCCCGCAGUCCCGGCAGUUCCUCUCGCGCGGGGUGGGCGGGCGGCGGGGGUCAGUAGCAGUCAGGGGAGGCCCUAGACGGCGCCAUGUCGGCGGGCGGCCCGUGCCCGGCAGGAGCCGGAGGGGGCCCAGGGGGCGCCUCCUGCGCCGUAGGGGUCUCCCCCGGCGGGGUAUCCAUGUUCCGGUGGCUGGAGGUGCUAGAGAAGGAGUUCGACAAGGCCUUCGUGGAUGUGGAUCUGCUCCUGGGUGAGAUCGAUCCGGACCAGGCGGACAUCACUUAUGAGGGGAGACAGAAGAUGACCAGCUUGAGUUCCUGCUUUGCGCAGCUUUGCCAUAAAGCCCAGACUGUGUCCCAAAUCAACCACAAGCUAGAGGCUCAGUUGGUGGAUCUGAAAUCUGAACUGACAGAGACCCAGGCAGAGAAAGUCGUGUUGGAGAAAGAAGUCCACGAUCAGCUUUUACAGCUGCACUCUAUCCAGCUUCAGCUCCAUGCUAAAACUGGUCAGAGUGUUGACUCUGGUACCAUUAAGGCAAAACUGUCUGUCCCCUCUGUGGAGGAGUUGGAGAGAGAGCUUGAAGCAAACAAAAAAGAAAAAAUGAAAGAAGCUCAACUUGAAGCUGAAGUGAAGUUGUUGAGAAAAGAGAAUGAAGCCCUUCGUAGACAUAUAGCUGUUCUCCAGGCUGAAGUUUAUGGGGCAAGACUGGCUGCCAAGUACUUGGAUAAGGAACUAGCAGGAAGGGUCCAACAAAUACAAUUACUAGGACGAGAUAUGAAGGGACCAGCUCAUGAUAAGCUUUGGAACCAGUUGGAAGCUGAAAUACAUUUGCAUCGUCACAAAACUGUGAUCAGAGCCUGUAGAGGACGUAAUGACCUGAAGCGACCAAUGCAAGCCCCUCCAGGCCACGAUCAAGACUCUUUAAAGAAAAGCCAGGGUGUUGGUCCAAUUAGAAAAGUUCUUCUCCUUAAGGAAGAUCAUGAAGGCCUUGGCAUUUCAAUUACAGGUGGGAAAGAACAUGGUGUUCCAAUCCUCAUUUCUGAGAUCCACCCAGGGCAACCUGCUGCUAGAUGUGGAGGACUGCACGUUGGAGACGCUAUUCUGGCUGUUAAUGGCGUUAACCUAAGGGACACAAAGCAUAAAGAAGCUGUAACCAUUCUUUCCCAGCAGAGAGGAGAGAUUGAAUUUGAAGUAGUUUAUGUGGCUCCUGAAGUGGAUUCUGAUGAUGAAAAUGUAGAGUAUGAAGAUGAGAGUGGACAUCGCUACCGUUUGUACCUUGAUGAGUUAGAGGGAGGGAGUAAUCCUGGUGCUAGUUGCAAAGACACAAGCGGGGAAAUCAAAGUGUUGCAAGGGUUUAAUAAGAAGGCAGUAGCUGAUGGACAUGAAAAUGGAGACCUAGGAACUUCAAAUGAAACUCCUGUAGAAGACGGUGCUUCUAAACUAGAUGAUCUGCACAGUCUGUAUCACAAAAAAUCGUACUAAAUUGACUGUAUCUCCAGACAAGAUUGUUGAUCAGACUCUUCUGAGUUUGGGGCACUAGGGAAACGGUGACAAAGACUAUACAAGAUCAAGGGAGGCUUGUAGCCUAAAUGAAAGGCGGGUACCUCAGGGCUUCAUGUGAACAAUUCUAAAUGCAUAAAACUCUCUAUUUUCUGUGGUAUACCAUAAUUAGCUAUUGCAUGUAAAGCAACUUUGAUUUUUGUAAAACUGUAAAGCACCAAAGCAUGUGUUUCCCAAAGGGAUAUUACUAGGCUCUUAAGUACCAAAUGAAGCACGACUGUUUUAUUUGUCUCCUUUUCCAUUUAGUAGACCGGAAUUUUAUAAGAAAUAGCCUUUAAAUACAAGAGAAUAAAUGAAUUCAUAUUAUAUAUAUUCCAGAAUGUUAAGUGUGGUAUUUCAGAGACAGAACCUAAUUCAAUGAAUUGCAGAAAUGUAGGCUUGACUUAAUUUUUUUAACUAAAAGAAUGGUUUUAGUUUUUUAAUUUAUUUUGCAGCCUGAUAUCUAAAUCAGUUCUUAAUGAUCAUUUAUUGUAAUGAGUUUGCCUUUCAGCUUUAUUCAAUACAGUACAAAAUAGUUUUCUUUAAGCAAUCCUUUAUCAAUCAAUGCUGCACUAGAAAUACUUUCUCAAAAGUUAUUGUACAUUGUACUUUCUUGGUUUUUAAAAGAAAUGCAGAUGAGUAUAAAAUAUCUGUCCUCAAUUAUGUUGAUCUGUGUGCAUGGUAUUGGAGCAUUACAUUAUUAAUGUUUAGACUCCAGUAGUUUUUUUCUGGGAUCCACAAAAGACAGUUUUAUACAUUUUGAGUUGUUCAUAAAGUUUGUCUUGUUGUGAUAGUCUUGGUACUUAACGAUACAAUUUUCUGGCAGUAAUAGCUCAAAUUUAUUUGUCAGUGAAUUACAUUGCAUCUACACAGCAGUUUUCUCUCAAAGUAACUUAUUUGCCAAUCAUUUAAAAAGCUGAGGCACUGGUGGGCAAGAUAAGGUGAAGACAUUUUGAUGCAGUAAUUGUUUGGGUUGGCUUUUCAUCUCAGUGUUUGCUUGACUAAAGUGCUCUCAUAUGCAAACUACAGAUUUGUUAAUUCUCUUAUCCCAGGAUUAAAGCAUGGAGGGCCUGCUCUCUUAUUUACUGCUUUGCAGGCCAUUGGUACCCUGCUUGGGGAAAGUGAAAACAUUGCAUUUAAAGAGGUGAUAGUUUUGCCAAUAUCACUGAUUUUUUUUAAAGGAUAUACAUUUAAGGGGCUAUUAAGUGGGGGACAAGCCUACAAGGCUUUUAGAAUAUUACCAGUAUCUUCAUGUAUAAUAUUCGGAUGUUACGUGAUACAGAACACAUUUUUUUUUUGUCUUUCCUAGAUGCACUAUAUAUUUGUUCAUAGGUAAAUCUGUACAAUGUAUAUACUUUAUUUGGUGGUUUUGUUAUUUAUAAAUUUUAUGUUUUAACUAUUGCUCAUUUAUGGUUUGUUUUGGAUGGUUUUGUUCAUUUGUAUAUCACCAUGUUAGUUUGUAAUAGAAAUGCACUUCAUAGUGUAUAUUGUUACUGAUAUUAAAAUACCUUGUAGUGUAACGUUGCCUCCCAGCAAAAGCUAGUAUUUAGUUGUACAACCAAAUAAGCAAGCUACAUGUUACUGUUUGCUCCUGACAGGCUAGGCCUCUUAAAAGAAAGUUUUUUCCUUAUGCAUUCCCCCUACACCAAAUACAUACCCCAGGCAUGACAUGAGAUCUGCAAGCUGGAGUUGAGUCAGUAUAUUCAUUUAGCCAAAAAAAUUUCCAUUGCGGUGUAUCUGAAAACAUUUUUGCUGUGACUUGAAACCAUGUUCUUGUUUUUUUUUAAAACGCAGCCUGGGAUGGGAUGACCAUGGCGGGGUUUUUUGUUUUGUGUUUUUCCAGAGAAUAUCCUUUAUCUACUAGACAGAAUCCUUGGGAGAUACUAGCUAAAACUUUUUGAUUUUCGAGAACAAUCUAAAAAAGUCCAUGAAGGGUAUUUUAAGAGCCUUGAAUUGGCAUUUCUCUGGAGAUGCUGUGUAAUAUGGAUCAUAUGGGAUGGUUAUGACAUAAACUCCUUUUAAGGGCUGAAGAGCAAAAGAAAAAACUUCCCAGGUAGUUUAAGAUUGCUUAAGUCAGUUCCGCUUUCAUUCCUGCUUCACCCUGGUUUGCGAAGUCUGCAUGAGAACCCUGUUGCUCAGAUGCUACUGUGAGCUUCCUGGCAGGUGUUUAGAAAGUACCUAGUUAAAAGUUCAUUUUAGAAUGGUCUCUGGGGGAUGAGCUAAGAAUUAGAGUCUGAAUGAGAAGCAGUUUUUAUAUUUUCAGAUUUAUAGGGAAGAAAUUCCUAGCACCUAAGUUUCUAGGACAAAACCAAAUAGAAAAGGAGAGAACUGUUGCAAAGCCAUUACAGUUAAAAAGGAAAAAGAAAAAUCUACAAAUGCACACACAGAGGAGCGGAGAAAAAAUGUUCCACAGUGUGAGGGUUGUGUGUAGGUGUGUGUGUGUGUGUGUAUUUACAGUUUAGCCUCUAAAAUUCUCUUCUACGUUAUCUGUUAGGAAUAUGAUGGAGCAGCAACAUUUGGGUUAUGAGGCUUGUUAAAACAGGUUUAAGAGAAGUGAAAGGUUGUGAGUCUUGGUAAUUAUAACUGAAUAGUUGUCAAAAGGUAACACAGCUUGUGCUUGGUGCUGGUUUUACUCCCCACACAGUGGACUUACUUUGUUUUCAUGUUAAGAAACAAAACUCAUUGAUUCAUGUGUAAGUCACACAUUAUUUGACAUCUUUAUUAUGUAUUCCACUAUUCCACUUAUUCAGUCUUCCAUGUAGGGUCGGCCUCAGAUCUAUAGGAUUUAUGACAAAUGUAUUAUAUCUAGUUGAGUUUAAUAUUUUUUUAUUAGCCUGUAAAUAAAGAUGGCAUCUUCUACAUUAAAA